AAUAAAACUAGUGGACAAUGAAUGAAGUACUAAUCUUUCUCACUUUCAAUAAAUACCAUCCCCGAAUAACUUGUUACUUUACAUUUUCCAAAUCCAAGAUCAACUCAAACAACCUUUUACGUUUGAGACAAGACAAGACAAGAAACAUGGAUUUCCUCACCGACCAAGUAAAGAAGAAAUUCUCCGACAAGAAACCGGAAACUUCAGACCCUGACCCGAACCACAACAAUAACAAACCGGGCCACACCGUUCCAACACAUAAACCUGCUUCCAGCUCCGAUCCAACAAUGCAUAAGCCAGCUACAAACGCAGAGCUCAUGGCUAGCGCCAAGAUCGUAGCGGAGGCUGCUCAAGCCGCUUCUCGCAACGAGACAGGCAAGCUCGACAAAGCUAAAGUAGCCGGAGCCACCGCCGACAUACUUGACGCCGCUCAAAGAUACGGCAAGCUUGAUGAAAAGAGUGGUGUUGGUCAGUACCUCGAAAAGGCUGAAAAUUUUCUCCACAAGUACGAGUCUUCACACUCUCACUCCUCUGGUGGUGCUGGCAGUCACGGUGGUGUCAGCGGAAGCCAUGGAGGAGGAGCUGGAGCACCGGCGGUUAAGAAAGAAGAUGAGAAAUCGGGAGGUGGCAGUCAUGGGUUAGGAGACUAUGCUAAGAUGGCUCAAGGUUUCAUGAAGUGAUUAUUAUUAGUAGAUCAACAAAUAAAUAAUUAUGGUAGUGAUAUAUAUUAUCUUCCAUGGUUACUAUUAAAUAUAAGUUGUCUGUUUUGAAUUUGUAAACUGAUAGAUCAUGUAAAAUAAAAUAUUAACGUUCGCUAGUUCUCAUUA